AUGUCAUUGAAUUAUUUAAAAAAACUUGGCGUAUAUCCAAAUACAGAAUUGAUGAAAUUAAAUGAUAAACAAUUUACCGGACAAUUUAUAUCAUCUAUUAUUUUGGCACAUAUCAACUUCGAUAAUGAACUUAACUCAGUCGAACAAUCUGAACGUGAUUUAGUCAAUAGUUCGAUAUCAUUCGAAUUUCACCCAGAUACAUUCAAAUGGUUGUUUCAAAUCAUUGACGAACUAACAACAAUAAUAACAGAGACUUGGGAUGCAGUUGUUGUUCAUAUUUUAACCGUUUGUUUACAAUUAUGUACAACACAUUUGGAAAUUUUAUGUUCUGCAAAAUCGAAUAUUGACAAAUAUUUAUUGACUAGAAAUGAUAAAGUUGAAAAAGUUGUUCAAUCUUCCACCAUGGCUUCAUCGGAUGCUCAUCGCAAUUUAAUAGCAUUUGCAACAGAUGAUCAAUUACAAAAAUGGUUUGAAAUUUUGUUGAAACUAGUUUGUAUUGAUGAUGGAAGACUUGAGCAGGCAAUCAUAUGUAGUCAAGCAUCAAAGGCUCUUAUUUACGUCUUUGAUGUACGGACAUUGUCAUUUAUAGAAAAGCUAUCAUUUAUUCAUAAACACAUAAUUGAAAAUAAACAUCCAAUGUUUGUACAACAAUUAUGUAAAGAGUUGACGAAAAAUGUUGUCUUACUAAACUGGAUCGAAACUUUAUGUCAUGACAAUAGUAACGAGUCAGAACAAAUUACAGCAUUGAAAAUACUUUAUUCAUUCAUUGACAAUUGCUUCAAACCAUCGAACGAAAUAACAAAUGAACAACAACAGGAACUCAAACGAAUACUAAUACUAUUUCAACAAGUUUUAUUUAUGCGAUUAGUACCAGAAUCUAAAUUGAAAACAAAUCAAAACAAAGAGUCUGAUAAUGAAAUCUUUACAACUGUGGCUCCAAGUGCUGUAUCAUCCCUGGUAGUUAAGUAUAUAACUCACAUAUUAAGUAAUUAUAUAGAUAAACUAACAAUUAUGAAUGAUUUGUUCAAUUCAAUGCUUGUGGGUUUGUGUCUAAUGACGAAAACAAAUGAAAUAUUUGACUUUGAAAUAAUUCGACCAAUAUUUACAACUACUAUACCAAUAUUAGUAGAAUAUGUAUUUCAAAGUGUAAACAAUGAAGAAAAUGAAAACAAUAAUUUACGUAGUAUAUGUUGGUUGUUAGGAAAAAUGUGUAAUGUCAUGAUUACUGGUUCACAACAAAAUUUAAUAGAAAAGAAACAUGCUAAUAAAUUAAAGUCAUCCUUAUUUGCUGGUGGUUGUGAAAGAACAAUAAUAGAAAACAAUAAAUAUUUAUUGAAUAUAUUCGAAUCUCCUUUAGCUACUUACAGUCAACAAUUUAAAUGGACUAAUGAAAUUGAACAGUCAUCUUCCGAUCAUGAAUUUCUCAUGUCAGUUUAUAAUAAUACUAAUCAGGGUGCACAAUUGAUAUCGAAAAUGAAAACACAUAUAAAAGAUAAACAACGUUUAUUACAAAAAUCAAUUGAACAACAAGCAAAUGAUGCAUUAGCUGCUGUAUUUGCUGUCUAUAUUAAAUAUUAUCGUCGAAUUAAUUUAGCUAAAUACGAAUUAUCUCGAACAGAUGAUGGAAAACCACACAAUAAACUUGUAUCAAUCUAUGAAUAUGCUAGUUAUGUUCAAACAUUAUUUGCAACAACAAAAGCACAAGGUGGUGACUGUGAUGAACUUUACAAACAGAUAAAAACGAAUACAUUGUUUCUUUUGUCAUGUGUUCAAGAAAGUAAUUCGAUUCCGAUAAUCGAUGAAGAUCUUUUACAAUCAACAACAACAACAACUACGCCAAUAAUGACACCAAUAGAACAAAAAACAAGACCAUCCUUUAAUCGACAAAUUUCACGAUGGACAAAAGCGAAACGUAUCAAUCAAUUACUUCGAAAUACAAUGAAUGCUUGUGUAAGAUUUAAAAAAUUGAUGAUAGCUAAGAAACAAGCUAUUAGACAAAAGUCAGACAAUGAAAGUAUCUUAAAUCGAACAAUUGAUGCUUAUAUUUAUAGUGAUCCUUAUAAAACGAUAACAAGUGAAGAAAAACAAUUAGAAUCGGAUGAACUUAUUCAAUGUAUGUCACGACAGUAUGAACGAGCAAUGAUAAGAAUGAUAACAUAUCGAUUUAUUCAAACACUUAUUCAAAAAGUAUUAAAUAUUGAAGAUCAAAAUCUAGUUCUAACUAUCUUAUCUGUCUUUUUACCAUGCUUAAGAAAUACAAAUUUAGAAUGGACCUAUUUGGAAAAUAUAGAAGCAUCAACUUGUAAUUUGAAAGAAGAGAUUAGAAAUAGUUAUUAUUCUAUAAUCAAAACUGUUCUAUCCUAUGUAUUACAAUCGACCAUGUCUGAAUCAAAGUUCUUAUCGAUAAAUCUGUUCAAUUUACUAAACUUAUCAUAUGAAGCAGUUGAUAUUGAGUAUCUGUAUCGUGAUCAUUUUGUACAAACAUUAUUUACAUUGUUUGUUAGUUUUGUUGAAAAAUCAGAUUACAACGUUGGAUUCUAUAGAAAAUUGAUUGGAUAUAAUUGGUUUCGAUUGUUCGUAUUGAAACUAUGUGAAAUCAUCGAAUUGACAGAACAGAAAGGCACGAUUAAUGAAAUUAUAAAUCAACAACAGAAAUUUGUUUUCAAUACUUUGAUUUCAAACGAACUGAAAGGAUUAACACAAACGGUACCAAUCGAUAUAGAAAAUGAAACUACUUGUUCUUCAAAUUACAAAAAGAAUUCUUUAGAUAAUCUUUCUAUUGGUUGGUUCAUUAAAAUAGCAACUACAACAACUGAAGAUGAUACAUUAAAUCUUUCAAAUUGUCUAUCAUCGAAAUUCGAUAUUGAACUGUGUAUAAAUCAAUGGUUGAUACUUCUACUUCGUCUUGUUCAUUUUUACGAACAUGUUCAAUCUGUUUGUGCAACAAUUGAUUACAUUGAAAAUUUGCUAUACAUUUAUCGCAACUUUCAAAAUAGUGUUACUGGUUUUCUUUCAUUGAAAAUUUUACGUUAUCUAAUACCAAAACAUACAAAUAAAGAAUCAAGAAGUAUUAUUGAGAAUUUUUUGACCGAGAUUCUAUUUGCCAUUGGAAAUAGUUUCACUUUGCAACAGAUUCCAUCAUACAUUAUCACCGAACUAAUCUACUUGUAUCGUACAGUGAUGUCUGUAAAAUCACCAUGGCAAAUGAUAGCAACAGAAUUUAUUUUCGAUACUAUCACAUCAAACAAAAACAAUUUCAAUUUGAAAUCAUUCGAAACUGGUGACAUGACUCAAAUGAAUUCUUUGGUUGCAUCACUAUGUAUAUUAGGUGGAUAUAUUCAGCCUUAUUAUUUAGGUUCCAUUGUGAAAAUCUAUUCAGAUGAAGAAAAUAAUGAAUUCCAAUUGGCGAUUAUCAUAGAAAUUGACGUGAAUGCUAGUGAUUCGGAUACACCCGAUACGUUGACCUAUUUGAUUCAAUAUUUAGAAACGAAUCAAAUUGAAACAGUGACAAUUGAUGAACUACAAAUUGAAAUCGAUGUUUCACCACCAAAUCUACUCUUGUUAUCAAAUGCAAACGAAACAAAUACAGCCAUACAUUCACUUUUCGAUGCAUUAGCAUAUUUCAUACAAAUCGAUACGUCGACAAAUGAAUCUGUACCAUUAUUAGAACUGAAACGUCGUUCAGUAGCCGUUCUAUAUCAUAUAUUAAAUGAUAAAACUCUCGUCGAAAUUUUUAUGCAAAAACCAUAUGCAUCUGUUAUUGUUAACUUAUCUAUAUCUCAGUCAUUGUCAAAAAAUCGUCGGCAACUGUCUGAUUUACGGUUAUUGAAUAGACAACAUUUGGAACAGUAUUGUUUAAGUUUAGAUAAGUAUCUAAGCUUAAAUAAAAUCGCAUAUAACAAUGAUGAUAAUAGUAAUCAACUAUUACAUGAUGUGAUAGUUGUAAAUGGUAAACAUAAAUUUUCGUCAUACGUUUGGAAUAAUGAUCAAAUUAGUUGCAAUCAAUUGAUUGUCGAUGCUCUAUCAAUGAAUAUAUUGAAAUAUAAUGGUUGGAAACCAUAUGCAUCAGCUAUUGAAAUUGAAUCGUUUAAAAGAGGUCGAAUCGGAAGUAAUGAACCUUCAAUUGUUUCAAUGCCGUUUGAUAUUAGUGAUUCGAGUGUAUUCGAAGAAUGUGGUAAUAAUCAUAAAUUCAAAGGACGAAUUACUCCGAAUAGAGAAAAUACAAAUGGAUCAUUUCCAACGUACAUUAUUGAUAAUGUACAAGUAAGUGAAGGUAAAUGGUAUUAUUGUGUUAAACUAGUAGCCGGCGGUGUUAUUCAAAUCGGAUGGGCAACAAAUGGAUUUGUACCUUCUUCAGAUAAGGGUCGUGGAAUAGGUGAUGAUAAAUAUUCUUGGUCGUACGAUGGAUCACGGGGUACACUUUACAAUGGUGAAGAAUUUCAUUUUACUUCUGAUGAUAUUCGGUGGAAAGAAAAUGAUGUUUGUGGUUGUGGUAUUGAAAUUGAUGAUGAGAAUAUUUGUAUUAAAUAUUGGCUCAAUGGAAAAUAUCUUGGUAUAGCUUUUGAACAUCAAUCAAAUAUAGCAUCGACAACAACAAAAUGUAAUAUGCUACCAAAUGGGCAGCAGGAUAUCGCUUAUUUUCCUGGUGUUACUUUACAAAUGCAUUCUUAUUAUAGGACUGGUUGUGAAUUAAUUUUUAGUCCAGAAGACAUGACAAAAUGUCCAUUACCGAAAGGUUACAAGCCAUUACAACUGCCGAAAUUGAUCAAUGUUGAAAAUUCUAUUGUCGCUUAUCCUUACAGUGCUUAUUUAAUUGAUGAUCAUGUUCAAAAUAAUUUUCAUACACUACGCAGUACAACGCCGACGACUUUUCUACGUGAUUUUGUAAGUGAACAUCAUCUUGAAACAGCAUUCUCUAUGGAUGAUCAUCAAUUGGUAUUGCCAGAAAAUAGUAAUGGUUUACCACUUUCGAUCGAUAAUGAUGCAUUGUCAUCAUUGACAAUUAGUUUUGAUUUUAAAAUUUUAAGAAAAAUUGAAAAUGAUACUGACAAAAAAUUGGAUAUUUUAUUAAUUACAUUAGAGUCUACGGAAAUAUUCUCAGUGCAAAUCUCGAUAAGUAAAAUCGAAAACGAAAUACGAACUGCCAUUGUAUUCGAUCUCAAAGAACGACAAAUGAUAAUCUACUUCAAUAAUGAAUGUCGAAAAUUUCACAUUGCUUUUGAAAUUCCAAAGAUGACAAAACUCAAUUUUCAUAUUUUACCAAAUAUUGCCGUUGGAAUAAAAAAUCUCGGCAUUUGGAAAUAUGCUCUUUCGGAAGAACAUAUUCAACGUCUAUUCACUUAUGGCUUAUUCUAUGUAGCAAUCGAUUAUCAACAGUUGAAGGAACAUCGAAAACGAGCAAAUACGAUCACAUUCAGUAAGAAUCAACAACAAUUUGUAAGCGAAUUACUUGUUCCGUUUAAUGAACCAUUUCAAGAGAACAUAUGGGAGAAAAAGAAGAAAGAAAUUGAUGUUGAUGAAUCAAAAUAUUUUAAAACAAUUGCUGAAACCGAUGAAUCCGUCGUACAAUUAUUUGGAAACAAAACUUAUCUCGUUCUGGAUAAAUCAGCUGAUCCAUGGUACGAAUAUACACUUAUUCUCGAUAUUUGCAUACCCAAUUGGCCAACGGAUAACGAACAAUUGACACUAUUGACAUUGAAUACAAAAUCAGAAAUUUAUAUUACACAUAAUGGUAAAAUUGUUCUAUCGAAUAAUGGAACACAAAACAAAAGUGAUUCGACAUUAAAUUUGAAUGAAUAUUUUCGUUUGCAUAUGUCAUUUCAAAAGAAAUUUGUCAAAAUCUAUGUGAAUGGAUUAUUGGAACUGAGUGUCAAUGUCGACAAAGAUCAGUUCAUGACAAAAGCCAAACGAAUUGAUCUGUUUCGAGAAAUGGAUUUAACAAAGAAUACGACUAGUGAUGAUAGACUUCGAAUUGAAUGUAAAUCGAUUACAUUUCUAAAUAAUUCAUUAGUGGAUGCUGAUAAUUGUGAAGAAAUGAAAUCGACAAAAUAUUCAUUAGAAACAUUGAUUGCACCACCUUUUUCAAUCGUUGCAUUAAAUUUAAUUGCAAUUGGAUAUAAAGAAUCAUGGAUAAAACAUGCUAUGAAACAAUACAAUACGAGCAACAUUCAAUUCAUUGAUACAAUUAUACGUGAGAAAAAAGAAGAAUUCUUAAAGAGCGAUGUUCAAAAUCGACAAAAACGUUACUUCAAUAUUUUCUCGAGAUUAAAUCCAUCGAUCAAUAGAGAAAAAUUAGAAGAUUUACUCAUGUUCUCGAAAUUUAUUACCGACGAACAAGUGACAAAUGCUUAUGAACUUGUAUUGCUUCAUUGGCAUGAUCUACAGACAUCGAAAUCUUUAUCCAAGACAUACGAAACGAAAGAAAAUGUUGCUAAUUCAAAUGAAAAUGAAAAUUUAUUUUCCAACGAGAAAUGGUACUAUCAAAUUGUUCAUGAUUUAGAUGUCAAUGAAAGUCUAGAUGAAUGGAUUCAAGGUAAAACAAAAAUGAUUGAAACAGAAGAUCUCACUUAUCAGUUGUUUGAUUUAACAAAAUCUGAACAAGAACUAUCAACAAUGACAUCAAUUGUAGGAGGUCAACGAAAAAAGAUUAAAAAAUCAAUUCAAUAUUCACAUCGACAAAUUUCAAAACAAAAAUACAUGACCUUACGUACCGCCUGUGAACAUGAAUUAAUAAUGAUCUAUGCACGUUGUACUAUGUUCAAUAUGUUAAAAGUUUGGUCAAAUCAUAGUUCAAAUAAAUUUCCAUGGGAAAUAUUUGGUGAUUGUGCAUUCAUAACUACAUUAUUACAAUUGAUGGAUUAUCAUUAUAUGUAUAUCAGUACGCACAGAGAUGAGGAUUUUGAUAUCAUAAGUUUGUUAUCGAAUUCGAUACUCAAAGCUGAAAUAAAAGAAUUAUUAAAAUAUACUAGCAAACACAGUGAAAUUUUACAUAGAGUAGCUCCUUUAGUCUAUCAAUUGCAAAAGGAUAUUACUAUUCAAUUGAUCCAAUUAUUGUUUGAUCCAUCAUUAUUACUAUAUGAUUGUGAUAAUGAGACGAAGGCUAUAGAUGAACAAACAUUGAUCAAACAAUCAAGUAUGAAUUUUGUUGUAAAAAUAUUGAAUCUAUUUGUUCAAGUGGCAACCGAUAAAUCAACAAUGAAACAUCAUGACAGUGAUUUACUUAUUCCACUGCUAUUCCCAGUAUCAUUAAUCAAUCUGUUGUUUGAUCUAUUUUUGAUUAGUCCAACACAUCAAUUGACAAUAUUUAUUCUUCAUCUGUUUUCCACGUAA